CCGAGCCGGUAAAACGUUUGUAAGCUUUAACUGAAGUGCAGUCGCAAUUAGUUCCUCUCUCACCGCACCAUUUGGUCAAGUUUCUUUGCCACCAACUCACUCACUUACUCGUAUGUGCGCUGUUAAGACGACUGUUGCAGGCCUUCGAUGGGUUUGAUGAAGAAAACCAGAUUUAGUUAGGCGAGAAACGUUGAAGCGCCGCUUUGUGACGCACCAAUUGUAGUAUAUACAAAAAAUACGCCGCGAUGUGAAUUAAAAAAGUACGACUGAUUUUUCAACUGAUUAACAAAUUACGGAGCAUUGAUUUCUUUUAAACUCCACUAAUGUUACACAAAUAAUUCGUUGCGAUACCAAACAUCAAAAUGAGCAGCCUGAGAAACAAUGUGAAGUAUUCGGUUUUAUUAGUCAUCGCAGCUUUUAUUUUAUCACAAAACGUUGUCAGCGCGCAACAACUUAUAGCGUACAUUUCUCAACAUGGUCUCCAUGGUGAGAUCACUUUUCGCCAAGUCAAUGCAACAACUGUGGAAAUAAAAGCCAAGCUAGAAACCACACUUCAGUAUCCGGAACAAGUGUGGAGUUGGGGCGUAAGAAAGUUUCCGGUGGAUUAUAGCGAUAUCGACCCGGAGUCGCGCUGCAGUUUGGAAAAGUUGGGUGCCCAAGUGUUGAGUUUCGAUGAGAGUCUCGAUUAUCUGGUCUUACCCGGAAAUGAAACUGCCACAUGGCACCGGGAAAUGAUGUUAAUAGGCGAUUUGGGAAUUUGGGGGAAAUCUCUCGUUCUUACGGAGGCAAAUACGGAUGUCCGCAUCUGCGCCACGAUUACCACGAUCCAGAUGUCAGUGGAGCAUAUGGCAGAGGCCCGUUUCAACACGCCAAUCGCCGGCUCUGUACAUUUUCGUUGGUUAGCACCAUCAGAAGGUGCGGGUGGAGAUACACUCAUAUAUUCUGAUCUCUAUCAUAUACAAGCCGAAACUUCUGAUGACCACUCCAGCAAGCCGAUGACACGUCAUAGCUGGAAAAUUUUUGUAACGGAUAUAUUUAAAAACGAUCAUCAUCGCACCGAAGACAACUGCAAUUUCCUGCAGCUAGUUUUCGAUCCUCAAGGCUACGGUGAGAACAAGGGUAUUGGUGAUCUCGACGCCAGAUUGGGAAAGAUCAACGUCGCAAAGAAUGCGUUGAUCUCUCCGCAGCGCGCUACAUAUAGAGAUGAUAAAUUUGUUUUACUGCCCUCUGAUUUAUCGAUACCCCAUCGGACGCUGUACUUGGUGCUAUUCGAUGAUCAACAUCCAGACAAUUUCCUGGCAUGUACACAAAUUCGUCAUGUGCAGCAGUUGACAUACAAAACCUUUUUGAACUCUGGCGGCAUUAAAGGAGAAAUAACUUUUACUCAACGUUCCCGUUUCGAUCCUACCUUUCUCAAUUUUACAAUCGAGUCAGCUGGUAAACAAGCACGUUUUGUAAACCGAAAAUUCGCUGAGGACGUCUCCGCAUUUCGGGUACAUUCUCUUCCAACCAUCCCGCAUCGUAAAGGUUCGCCCGAUUAUUGUGAGUCUACCGGAAAUAUUUUUAAUCCACGUGCUCUCGGCAAGGAAGUUAUACCACCGCCGGGAUUUGGUACCCAAGAUCAAUACCCCAUUGGCGAUUUAAGUGGAAAGUUACAGAGCCGCAAUAAGGACUACUAUCACAAUUACCUUCUGCCAGGCGUUAGUUCAGAACUAAGUGGUCUCUACUGGGACACAUUUUUACCGUUACAGGGUCUUAACAGCAUCGCGCAUCGCGGUAUGGUCAUCUUCACGUACAAUCGCACCAAUGUUGACAACAUCACUGAAGCACCUUGGAGUUGUUCGACAAUAACACAAUAUCGAAAGAACGGUAUCUAUCAGAAACCAAUGGUUACGGCACAAGUAUUGCUGCGCUAUCCCGUGGUGGGCAGAGUUAUCUUCCGGCAACCGGCGGAAGAGCCAUGGCAGGACACCUCAGUUAUAUUCGAAUACCUUAUACACGCCGAUGGAUCCACACAAAAUAACACCUUUGAGCAUCGCUGGGCCAUACAUACUAAUGCACCUGGCAAAGAUUUUUACGAUUGGCAGAACCGUUGUCUCUCUGCAGGAAACGUAUAUAAUCCACACAAAGUUCAGUGGGGAAAUCGUUCAGUUGACGAUUUAUGUAAGCCGCAUCUACCGGCCAUGUGUCGUGUGGGAGCCUUGGACUCACGCGUGGGAGCUUUGACAAUAGCAGGAAGAAAGAAAAAUGCGGAGCGCUUAAGCCGACUUAUGUUCACCGAUACAAAUUUACCAUUGUCUGGGCGACAUAGCAUUCUCGGCAAAUCAUUAGUAAUCUAUGACGACUUUGGUCCAAAGGCACGGGGCGAACGGCUUGCAUGUUCAACCAUCAUCGGGCAUUUUCGGCGCAAAGUAGUGGCAAAAGAUUGGUAUGCCAAUGGUGAUGAGUUGACUGUAAGCGGACGUCUUGAGAUCACACAGCAGUCGGAAUAUGACAUCAGCAAUAUCGAGGUCCAGUUAAAGGGCCUAAAAGAAACUAGCGGUUAUCACAUACAUAUGGCACCGGUUGAAGCGAAUCUUGAAUUUCCCUGCGAAGAUACUACUCUUUAUGGGCACUGGAACCCCUACAACGUGAAUGCAAAGAACUCGCCCCCUCCACGACAAGGGACGACUGAUCAAUAUGAAAUGGGUGAUUUGAGUGGCAAAUUCGGGACUCUUGAUGACGUCACCCAGUUCGAAGAUACCUACAAUGAUACCAACUUGCCACUUUUCGGUUACAAUAGUGUUAUCGGGCGCUCAGUAGUGAUACAUAAGAAGCGCAGAAAUGCUCGUUGGGCUUGUAGUACUUUGGAGCGUGGUUACAGUCCUAGCGAAGCGCGAGAGAUACGUGCCAUUGCAUCGUUUCACCACCCCACUGGUUAUGCUUAUGGUUAUGUCAAAAUGACACAGCUGAUACACAUCGACGGCAGCCAAUCGGAAACGGUUGUCGAGGUAAAAUUACGACAUCCGGGAAAAAACGAUAGAAAUAUGACCUAUAACCAUAACUGGCAAAUAUAUGUGAAUCCUGUUGGGGUAGACGCAGCUGUAAAACCCACAAUUACACGAUGUGUUGCCGGUGGAUAUGUUUGGAAUCCGUAUUACACUCAACUGGCAGAUCCACUUAAUCGUGACUUAUACGAGCAGGAAUGUGGUCCCGAUAAUCCAUUACGUUGUUAUGUAGGCGAUGUGGGCGCGCGACUUGGAACCAUAAACCUAGGUGUUGAACGAGUCGUUCUUACAGACUCUAACUUUCCGCUCGAACGCCCUGUGGGAGCAAUAGGCCGUUCUAUUGUGAUCUUUGGCCCUGAUCAUUCUUCGGAGCGUUUUGCCUGUGCUAACAUUGAGCCAGAUCAUAAUGUUUUCAAAUAUGUUAAUUUGCAGAAACCACCAAGAUUUGUUGUAGCGCAGUUUCUGGAAGAACUGCGUUCCGUGAUGGGUAUACCAGAAUGGAUGUUGGACGUGGAUGCGCGUAAAACCAAGGAGUUGCAUGGCGGCGCUUGCAUACAAAUGAUAAUACAUUUCAAAGGGCCCCUGGCACAUCGUUUAGAACUGGACAUGUCACGACUUAUAGCCGCCGGACGUCUGGAUGCUCCCAGUCUAUUCAUUCCAGGGUACGUGAAUGCUAAGAGAAAGGCCACAAUUUCAUACAGAACUUGUGGUGUAAGAGAUCCGAAUGAGAAACGCACUAAGUCAUUCACCGGCGGUUUCUCCAACAGUUCCAACAUUCCAUCUUUUCCAAAUUAUCUCAUAUUCGCAUUUUGGAUCGUAAAAAACUUAUUUAUGUAUACCUAUAGUAUUCAGCAAUAAAUUUGUUAUAUUAAUAUAGGA